CUGCGGCCGCCCCUCGCCGCGCUGGGCCGGGGGCCGCGCUCCCGCUCGGGCCGUUGCGGCGGUCGCGACACGUGGCCCCGCCGGCGGCAUGGCCGCGGCGGCCGAGGCGGCGGGCGGCGGCAGCAGCCGCCACGAGAAGAGCCUGGGGCUGCUCACCACCAAGUUCGUGUCGCUGCUGCAGGAGGCCAAGGACGGCGUGCUGGACCUCAAAGCGGCUGCUGAUACGCUUGCUGUGAGGCAGAAGAGAAGGAUCUAUGAUAUCACCAAUGUUCUGGAGGGCAUUGAUCUCAUUGAGAAGAAGUCAAAAAACAGCAUUCAGUGGAAAGGAGUAGGUGCUGGCUGCAAUACAAAAGAAGUCGUAGACAGGCUGAGGUAUCUGGAAGCUGAAAUUGAAGACUUAGAGCUAAAAGAAAAAGAAUUGGAUCAGCAGAAACUGUGGCUUCAGCAAAGUAUCAAGAACGUCAUGGAUGACUCUACAAACCACCAAUUUUCUUAUGUCACCCAUGAAGAUAUCUGCAACUGUUUCAAUGGAGAUACACUUCUAGCAAUUCAAGCACCUUGUGGUACGCAGUUAGAAGUACCUAGACCUGAAAUGGGACAGAACGGACAGAAGAAAUACCAGAUCAAUCUUAAAAGUAAUUCAGGACCUAUCCAUGUGCUGCUUAUAAAUAAGGAAUCGAGCUCCUCCAAGCCCACGGUGUUUCCGGUUCCUCCACCCGAUGACCUUGCACAGCCCCCAUCUCAGCCUGCAGCUCCAGUAACUCCACUUAAACCAGCUGCAGCUCCUCCAGAUCCCCCAGAACAACACGACCCGAGCCAAGGACAGGAGUUACCCCAAACAGCAGCUGCGGACACACCAUCAGAUGGCAGUGCCCAGCGGGACAGUACAGCCCCCGCAGCUCCCUACUCCAGCCUUCCGGAGCCAGAGCUGUACCCCAGCCUGUCUGGAGACAGUGCCCAAGCCUCAGCCAGCUCCAGUGACUACCAGAGCUUGCUGCCUCUGGAUGUCAGCUGUAUUCUCAAGCCAAACUCAUUUGACAUUGCAAAGAUGGAGGAGCCUGCAGGAAAUAUCAGUGGAGAUAUUAUUGAUGAACUCAUGUCUUCUGAUGUUUUUCCUCUCUUACGACUCUCUCCUACUCCCGGAGAUGACUACAACUUUAACCUGGAUGAUAAUGAAGGAGUCUGUGAUCUCUUUGAUGUGCAGAUACUAAAUUAUUAGAUAUUGUGUCAACCAGACUACUUAUCUACCUCUAACUGUAACAUUCUAGACUUCUUCAUAACCUAAGUAUUUGAAUAAUGAAUGUAUAACUUCUUAGUUCACUGACUCUGGGAGUAUAUUUCCUUUUGCUUCCUUUAACUACUUCACAAAAAAUUCAAGAACAAGAAAAAAAGGGCUCUUAUCAAAAAUUCUGGCACUUUUUCACCUGAGUGUUCUUCUGUCUAAGCCAAUUGUCUGGAGCUUUCUUUAGUAAGAAAAGUGAAAAUAUUUUAUAUAGCCUUUUGAUCAUUUUUAAAAAAAUGAUUAGGCUUCUUGCUCACAAUUAACAGCAUUUUCUUUGAAGCUUUACUGCCAAGAAGCUUUCUAUAUUCUUCCCUAAUUUUUCAAACAAUUUUGAAGCUUUCACUGCCAAGCUGAAAAGUGAAGGGUAUCAACUUGAGUUAUGCUAAAUUUCAGUGAACCAAUUUUGUGAAGUGCCUUCUGUUUUAGCACUUUAAGUUUCUCACACUGACUUCUGACAUUCCACUUUCCUAGAUGAUAGGAAAGGUCUGUUUGUAGUUUGUAUUAAAGUGUGCCAAUACUUGUAUAUUAACAAGAUUUUUUUAAUAAAACUGUGCAAACAAAGCCA